AUGGCGUCUUCGUCUACUUGGGCACAGGACGUGAUCACGUGUGACCUUUGUGACAACCCCACUCAGCAGUUCUGUAACAGCUGCCAGGUCAGUUUGUGUCGGGGCUGUAUCAAUAAACAUGUAGAAAGUCUGAAGACUCAAACACAUGACAUUGUUCCUUUCAAAGACAGAAGAGAACUUCUCGUAUUCUCCUCAUGUGCUUCUCAUCCAAACCAGAAAUGUGAGGGACAUUGCCAACAGUGUGAUGUCCCCGUCUGCUUCAGAUGUGUCACAGGUCCCCACAGCGGCCAUACUGUCAUAGAUAUGUCAGAGAUGGUACAACAGAUGAAAGAAGAAAUCAAAAAAGAAACCGAGGAAAUUGAGAAUUUGAUUUCAAGAUUCAUCAUAAGCGGAGCAGACAUUGAUAAGAAGAUAUCAAACUUGAAUGAAAAAUUUAAAACAAUGGAAAGAGAAGGAGAAAAUAUGAGAAAAACCUGGCACAAAGAAGUAGACAACAUUUUCGACACACUACAAUCAACCAUUAGGAAAAUGAAGGAUAGAAGACUCAGAGCUCUCAGAUCACAUCAGUCCAGACUUCAGGAUUCAGGGACAAAAUUAGAAUGCAUAACAAAAGAAAACAAGAAAAUACUGAAGUCUAACAAGGUGUCUGAUGCUACAAGCUACAAAUCAGAACUAAAGGAUUUCAAAGACAUUCCUACAGAUGUUGAUGUGAAGAUUCCUUCCCUAAACAUCAACACAGUCCAGGGGAGAGAACUCAGCAUAGAAUUAGGAGAAUACAAGGCUACACUGACACAGACAUCACUAUCCAGUCUAACAGAUGAAGUCUCCAUUUUAUCUGUGAGAAAAUUAUUGGACAAAGCUAAAGUUAUUGUUACCAUUUCUUCUGGAAUAAAGCCUUUAGGUGCCAUUAUCUGUUUUGGAAUCAAUGAAGCUUGGGUUCAGAGUCAAGACAAAUUCAUAAGACGUUUUGACAUACAUGGAUCUUUGAAGGAUAAAAUCACCACGGAAUGUAAAUAUUAUCCUGGUUACAUUUCAGUGACCAGGCAGGGAGAACUCAUAUACAGUGAUAUUCAAAGGAGAACAGUGAACAUUGUCAGACAGGGGAGGAUAGAGACACUGAUCACUCUACCUCGGGGGUGGCAUCCAAGGGGGCUGUGUGUUACCAGAUCAGGAGACGUACUAGUUGAUACGUGUACUCCAAAUGGAAGUCAUGAAAAAAUAGUCCGCUAUCGAGGACAGACAGCAGUACAAGAAAUAGAUAAAGAUGACUGUGGACAAAAUAUAUUUAAAGGUGGCAUAAAUGGAGUUCUUCUGGAGGAGAAUAACAAUGGUGACAUUUGUGUCUCUGAUCUGGAUGCCAAUAUAGUAAUAGUGAUGGACAAGACAGGAAGGAUCCGAUUCCGUUAUAAUGAUCAGAAUGGACAGUUUCUAAGAUGUGUUGACGAUUGUGGAGUUCUGCAGGGUCCUGCUGGACUGAGUGUGGACAGUGAGGGGAGAUUGUGG